AUGGCUGAUUCUCCAGUUCAACAUCCAACCGGAAGUUGCCUCCGGAGACCGGGUGGCUCGAAUUUGUACGCGAAAAUUUCGUGGCUCAAGCAGACUUCCUUGCAUUUCAUCAUAUGGGGGGGAGGGGGAGAGUUCCACGUGUAUAGGUUCAACAGCUUCAGUGGAUGUCCACCGAGACCAGAUUAUGAUGCCUCACUGAGUCCUGCAUAUGAGAGUGACGCCGAUCUAAAUCCGGAUGUGGAUACUGGUGAUGACUUCGAGACUUCUGACGAGGAGUCCGAAGAAGGGGCUGAUGAGGACGAUGACUUAACCUCAAGUGUUCGCUUUCUUUCCAUCGGGGAUGGACUUCCAUCAUUCGGUGUUAUACUUGCUGCAGCCCACUUCAAUGGCACUUUGGAGAUGCCACUCGAUUUCUGGAAGAGAUACUUAUACCCUCGAUGUUUCCCGUGUAAGGCAUACUUCACACUAUAUGGUGCAACUUGGGAGAUGCAAAUUGCUAAAACACAUGGGAAGAUCCGAGUCAAACGCGGGUGGUCACUCUUCCGUCGCCGUAAUUCACUAGUGUGGGGUAUGACCUUGCAUUUCCUUCUAUCUGAUGUCAACGGUAUCCACUUUUACGUGCUAAUCAAACCAUGAAUAUGGCAUGUUCUUGAUCGUGGUCAUGGAGUUUGCAUGAAUUAAGUAUUAUGUAGUUGUAAUAUUUGGGGUAGACUGUGAAGUAUGAACCAAAUCAUGCUCUGUUUUUGUAUGCUUUGAGUAUGGUAUCGUUUUGGUAAGACUGCUUAUUAUGAAUGUUUCCACUCUAUUGUUGCAUUGUGUUUGUAAUAUAUGAGGUGCUUUUAAGCUUUGUAGUGCAAGAAUUAUUCAGCAACCCUCAACAUAAAACAUGGAAAAUUCAC